GGGCGACAUGGUGUCAUUGGGUCAUGGGAAUCGAGUCGGUUUGCUCUUUUCUUCUUGUGGAAGAUAUAACGAGACCGUAUAAUUAUACAAAGUAGUAACUGGACUGUGUCUUUUCUUUCCCUUUGACUCUCUCUUCCUCCUUGUGACAACCAACACUGCAUCCCACUUCACCAUCCUUAUCACUCACUACCUAGCCGAUAAGCCUACUCGUAACAAUGUCGGUCGAGGUGAUCACCACCAUCUCUCCCACCACGGGCGAACCCAUCAUCACUCGCAAUGGCAUUUCAGAGGAGGAACUCGUCCAACUGCCCGAGACUGCCUUCAAGGCCUUCCAAGGAUGGCGCACUACCAAGUUGGAGGACAGACAGAUCAUCGUCAAGAAGGCGUUGAAGUUGCUCGCUGAGAAGCAGGAUGAACUUGCAGAGGAACUCACCGUCCAGAUGGGCCGCCCCAUUGCUUAUACUGCCAAGGAGGUUGCCACUGCCAUCAAGCGCUCAGAGUAUCUGCUCAAGAUCAGCAACGAUGCUCUGAAGGACACCGAUGGCGAGGAGGAGAAAGGAUUCAAGAGGUUCAUCCGAAAGGUGCCUGUUGGUCCUGUUCUCAUCAUCUUUGCUUGGAACUACCCCUAUCUUAUUCUCGUCAACGCCUUGAUUCCAGCUUUAUUGUCUGGAAACUCGGUCAUUCUCAAGCCUUCGCCUCAGACACCCACAAUUGUCGAGCAGGUGGCCAAGGUGUUUGCCGAGGCUGGGUUGCCCGACGGAGUCAUUCAGUACUUCCACUCGGGUUCGCCGACAGUUAUUGAAACAAUUGUGCGAAACCCCAAGAUUGCCAAUAUUUGCUUUACCGGCUCGGUCGCUGGUGGCUUGGCCGUCCAGAAGGCCGCGUCCGAUCGCAUCGUCAACGUCGGCCUCGAGCUGGGUGGCAAGGACCCUGCAUAUGUUCGCGGUGAUGUCGAUAUUGCCUGGGCUGCCGAAGAGAUUGUCGACGGCGCAGUUUUCAACUCGGGUCAAAGCUGCUGCUCGAUUGAGCGAGUGUACGUUGACGAGAAGAUCCACGACGCUUUUAUUGCGGCUGUCCAGAACGUUCUUAAGGGAUACAAGCUUGGAGAUCCCUUGGAUAAAGGAACGCAUCUUGGCCCAGUCAUUUCGGCGCGCUCCAAGGAGACCAUCCAGGCACACAUCAAGGACGCGCUCGACAAGGGCGCCAAGAAUGCGACACCCGAGAAUGAGACAUUCAGCAUUCUGCCAGACAAAGGUAACUUUGUCGCACCGGCAUUGCUGACCGGUGUGGAUCACACCAUGACCGUUAUGAAGGACGAGACUUUUGGUCCCGUCAUUCCAGUCAUGAAGGUCAAGAGCGAUGCCGAGGCAAUUCAGUUGAUGAACGACAGCGAAUUCGGCCUCACUGCCAGUAUUUGGACCAAGGACACGGCCAAGGGAUACGAACUCGCCGAGGAAGUAGAGGCAGGGACAGUUUUCGUGAACCGUUGCGAUUUCCCCAGCCCUGUAAGUACCUUUGUGUCCUGCGACAACAAUCAACCACCUCGUUUCACUGACGCGCAUCUCUCAGGAUCUGGCCUGGACUGGUUGGAAGAACUCGGGCAAGGGUCAAACGUUGAGCAAGUAUGGCUUCGACCAGUUCGUCAAGUUGAAGAGCUACCACCUGAAGGACUAUCCCAAAUAGAGUUUCGGGACGCCCUGCCGCCCGGUCUUCGACGCAAGGAGGCACAAAUCGUCAAUAAGGGAGGUACUCGGGCGCGUGCGCGCUGCAUAUCAUCAGCAAUAGAUAGUCUUUCCCUGUUACCUGUUAUUGAGCGAAUCCAAGACACCAGCCUUUUCUGCUUCAGGGAUGUCUCAAAGAGAUCCCACGUCAAUUGUUCCGCAUUCCAAGGCUCUCAUCCAAAACCUAAGCGAGGGGCGUCGCCGUGGUCGUGCUUUUCCUCAUUCCUCUUUCCUUCCAUCUUCUUCUCGUCUAUUCGUCCAUUCACGAUCCUUCACUUCACCCGCGGCCCUUUGAGGGUAUCAAUGUCAAUUCUUGUCUGCCCUGGCCAAGGGAACACGUUCCUGAAGCCUAACCGAGUUGGGUUCGACUAUCCGAUGCGGCGGUAGUAUAUCUUCUUUGACCUCUCUCUUGGGUUCCCGGGAAGUGUGGUCCUCUUCAGGUAAUCCUCUCUUUGAGCCCGGAUUCAUACUUCAGAAGGGUUAAACUGCCGAGCCGCACUGGGUUGUCACCAGCGAAGGCCAGCAGAGAAGUCAAUGGGCCACUUGGACGGGCUUGCCACUCCUUUGUCUUUCUGAUCAUUCACUCUUGUUUUCGUUCAUCCUCUCCUCUUCCGCUCUUUCCACGGUAUCGUAUACGUUCGUUCUGCACUGUUGUGCGUCAUUAUUUCGCCAUUCACUUCGGGCAUUAGCUUGACUCUCUUGUCUUUGGAUCUCCUGUUAUCUCCUCAUUUUUCACACAGUCCUUUGUUGUCCAUCAUCAUCAGGUACAACGUCGACCUCGGUAACGCCAGACGCCCAUCAUUUUUGCAUCUCUUCCUGCCGAUAAGACACGUUACUUUCACUCACUUAGACGCACACAUGCGCAUGCGCAACCUCG